CUGUCACAACACAUUCAACUACUCUACUAUUCUGAUCCACUGUUGUAAUGAUGGAGUGUGUUAAAGAGGAGACUGAUCCUGAAUCAUUCACAAUAACACCUCAACAUACACAACAACAAAGAGACUUGGUGGAAGUGAAAAAGGAAGAUCAAGAACACAACGAAAUGAAGGAUGAAGAUCAGGACCACAAUUUUAUGACUGACAGCUGCUCAGAAACUGAUGAGACUUCCCCUCAAGAAAGAGUUGAAGCCAAAAAUGUUUUUGAAUGCCAUCUUUGUGGUAAGACUUUCUCACUAAAAGGGCAACUAAUGCUUCACAUAAGGAUUCACAAUGGUGAGAGGCCUCACGCUUGCUCCCAAUGUGAGAAGACUUUCAUCCUAAAAUGUCAACUUCGGUAUCACAUGAUGAUACACACAGGUGAGAGGCCUUUUGCCUGCCCUCACUGUGAUAAAAGUUUCAUUUUUAAAGCAAGACUGAAUAGUCACAUAAAGACGCACACUAAUGAAAAGCCGUACGUCUGCCCUCAAUGUGAAAAGACUUUCACAUGUAACGGAUAUCUUAAGAAGCAUAUGAUAAGACACAAUCAGUCAAAUUCUUUUUCUUGCCCUCAAUGUGAAAAGACUUUCACGUGUAAAGCAUAUCUUAAGAAGCACAUAAUCACUCACACUCAGACAGAGCAUUUCUCUUGCCCUCAAUGUGAAAAGAGUUACACAUGUAAAGGACAUCUUAAGAAGCAUAUGAUAAGGCACAUUCAGUCAAAGUCUUUCUCUUGCCCUCAAUGUGACGAGACUUGCACAAGUAAAGGACAUCUUCAGAAGCAUAUGAUAAGUCACAUUCAGUCAGUGUCUUUAUCAUGCCCUCAGUGUGGACAGAGUUUUUCACAGAAGAGAGACUUUAAUACUCACGUGAGACGCCACACUAGAGACAAGCAUUACACCUGCUCUCAUUGUGAAAAGAGUUUCUCAUCUAAAACACAUCUAGAGAAUCACAUACGAAUUCACACUGGAGAGAAACCUUUUAAGUGCCCUCACUGUGAUAAGAGCUUUAAACAACAAGGAGCUCUUCAGUAUCACCUACGAGUUCAUACAGAUGAGAGGCCUUUCUCAUGCCAUCUGUGUGGUAAAAGUUUUAAAGACAACGUAAAACUUACGUAUCACAUCAGAGUUCAUACAGGUGAGAAGCCUUUUUCGUGCCCCCUGUGUGAUAAGAGUUUUAGACAAAAAGACCAGCUUAAGUAUCACAUCCGACUUCAUACAGGUGAGAGACCUUACUCAUGCCAUCUGUGUAAUAAGAGUUUCAUACAGGCACGAGGUCUUAAAGGUCAUCUGAUGAUUCACUCAAAUGAAAGGCCGUUUAGCUGUGAUCAGUGUAAUAAGAAGUUUGUUUCAUCAUGGUUGCUGAAAAGGCACCUAAAGACUCAUUUAGAUGAGAGAUGAGUGGUAUUUGGUCAUUAAGCACAAUAACUACGAAUUGAAAGAAUUGGCCAUCUCUGCCCCUAUCGCUCACCUUAUUAACAUGUCAUUUAGCUCUGCCUUUGAUACUGUCUGCCACAAGAUAUUACUUUCCCACUUAGCAGAGAUUGGCGUAUCAGGCCCUGCAUCAUCCUGGUUUUCUUCUUAUCUCACGGGCAGCAAUUUCACAUUUAGUUACAUAAUUUCAAAUUUCCUACUGUCUUACUUAAACAAGGUGUUCCUCAGGGCUCUGUACUUGGUCCACUAUUAUUCAUCCUAGAUAUUCAGCCACUGGGUAACAUCAUUCGUCGGCAUGGCUAUAUAUCACUGUUAUGCAGAUGAUAUUCAGUUAUACUGCCUGUCAACCAGACUCUGAACAUGUAAAAUCUUCACUCUCUUCUUUUGUUAAUGAGUUAAAACUCAAACUUUCUUAGCCUGAAUUUGGGUAAAACUGAUAUUCCGAUAACUGGUCCUCCAUCUCUAACAAAAAACAGCUCUGUGGACUUUAGUAUUGACCUGGAUGCUACUAUGAUUUUUGCCUCUGCUACUGUGAGAAAUGUUGGUAUCAUACUCGACCCCUCACUGUUCUUUGACGCUUAUAUUCAAAGCCCCUCCAAAACGUGUUUUUUUUCAUUUGCCACAUAUUGCCAAGCUGAUCACUUUCGUCUUCAAAUGCUGAACUUCUAUGUAUUCCCCGGUACCGUCUAUCCUCUAUCGGUGACAGAUAAUUUUCUGUCAUUGCUCCGACAUGAUGGAACACUCUCCCUUUUUCACUUAGAGUCAUUGCUUCCUUGUCUGAAUUUAAAUCACUGUUUAAGACCCACCUGACCUGUUCAACCUACACUAUCAGUAAGACAUAUGAAUAAGAAGCACUUAUGCUAUUUGCAAUGUGGAGUCUGUGGUUUAUGUAUUGUGAUCUAUGUAGAGUUCUAUCACUUGUACGGAUUAUUUUGUGCUUCAUAUAUGUAUAGGCCUGUCUUCUUUUAUUCUCUCAUGCAGCUGCAUGAGACUCUCGUCCUGGGCAAAUGUCCGACCAAUAUGAAUCUGUAUUAUGUCUAUCUUUUUUGAAAUUCUGUAUCUUGUGAAGCGUCCUUGAGCUUGGGAAAGGCUAUAUAAAUUAAACAUUAUUAUUAUUAUUAUUAUGCUAAAGUUAGUUCAGUUGUUCCAGCUUUAUACAUUGGAGAUUUUUUUUUAAAAAUGAUCAAUGUACUAACAAUUAUAUAAGACGGGUCAUUUUAAAAGCUUGUUAUCCCUGUCAAGUUAAGAGAGAUAAAUUAGAUUAAUAAAUUAUACUGUGUUAAACCUUUCUUUGCUAUCUACUUAUGUAGAAUAAUUACAUUUCCCUUUGUGUUGUAUAUAUUUUUGUAUAAAAUAAAAAA